UUUCCACACGUUGGACGCCCCCUCAUUCCACUGCGCUGACUCACACUCGUACGGGGGUAAGGUUUCACAAUCGCGCACCUGCGUGCCGUCUCAGAAACGGCGUGUCGAGGUUUCGUUCGUGGAACUGUUGACAGAGCCGCAGGGCAGGGUACGACGUUUGGGCGGCUGUUUACAAGUCGUCACGGGGGCUAGGCAACUGUUCGUGGGUUAAGUGACAGACGAUGGACCCUGCAAUGGCAGACAUGUUUAAGGGUCUCAUACAGACGUGCUUCGGUGAGUACAGCGCCAAGUACAGGAGAACAGAAGAGGGCCUUAGGCGGGUACUCCAGACAAAAUACAGUGACAACGUCGACGAAUUCAGACAGCGAUUUGCAGAGCCAACAUUGCAGCUGUUGACAACAUUGCGGAACCAGGGGUUCCCUCUUUCCACGUCAAAGUACCGACUGGUUCACCUGGUUUCUCCCGAUGUACCUUGCGAGGCAGGGGACAUGUUCUUCCAGGUGGGGCAAUCCAAUCCCGGAACCCUGUCCUUGAAGUUCACCAAAUACGACAACGUUCAAAACGUCAUCAGACUGAAGAACUCCCACGUGCCUGAGAGGGACUACCGGACGGCGUUUACCGACCAGUACUUCCGGGACCUGAGGACGCUGGCCAGCCAGACUGGCAACAUCGGAGACGUGCUGAUGAGGACGUGCAUCGUCGUCACCGGAGACGGGACGGUGGCGAGAGUUGGAACAUCGACUGUCAUGGAAGAGAUAAAUAUGAACGUGAUCAGCAGCAUGACCCCGGAGCAGAAACAAGCCAUCGCCGACAAACUGGACAGGGACCCGGUGCUGAGAACAUCGGGCAGUCGGGACGACUGGCAGGCUCUAGCCGGCAGACUGGAGGCAGAAGGAACCUUAGAGGAAGGAUUCGCAGCGAAACUGAAUGCGUGCGUGGCACAAGGCAGCCCUACGAUGAAGCUUCUUGAGAUGCUGUGCAGGAGUGACCCGAACUACCCCACAGCACGUCUCGUGGAACAUCUAAGGCAGCUCAAGAGAAACGACGCUGUCGAGGCGUUCAACCAUUCAAACGAAGCGAAAAGAAGAAAAGACUUUCAGAAAAACCGCGCACAUACAGUCAACUUGGGCGAGCUGGCCAUGGGACUGCCCAACACGAAGCUGUCCAGGGAGGAGUCUGGUUCAGACCCGUGUCUACCGGACAGCGCAGACAAGCUGCACUCCGAUGCCGAGGGAAACUUGGCGGGAGAGCUCCUCAGCCGGUCCUGUCCACACGGUGUUCUCCAGCGGAGCAACACGGUUCCUACAACACCACUACAAGAACGACAGCCAACAAGUGUGCCGGUACAGCCAGUGUCCGGGGUGCAAGAGCAGACAAAAGUGCCAGUGCAGGCUGUGGACCAACCCAAAGAACUUUCGUCUCCUCAGCAGGCAAGUCAACAGCAAGAGGACGCGAGCGAACCCGUCACAAUCGACCUUCACGUAGGCAAGAUGGUGACCAAUGACCUACAGGCUACUCCUGAGUACCCACUCGACCACCCCGACAAUCCUGCGUAUCCAGAAGUUCAGGCAGCCGUCACCAGCUCUCAAAGAACAUUCCAAAAUCCACAACCCAUGGCCGCCCACGAAAACUGGGCAGUUAAGUCACACAAUGGUCAAACCCUGGAGCAUGAGAACAAUCCAAGCUACCCGCCUGUCAGUGAAGCAGUCACUGGUCCCACGGCUUCUGAUCAGGUACCGGUGGCAACGGGGAAUUCAAAUGGCAGCAUCGGCACGGGAUUGGUGAGUCAGACGGCGACGUUAACCAAUCAGGAGUACCCGUCUGUGGAACGUGCGGUUCAGGCAAACUAAAGGACUUGGACAGAAGAAAAAUAUUGUAUAGCUUGACAUGUUGAAAAUCGUCUACAGGAAAAUGAUAUGCCUAUGUGGUAUAUUGUUUUGUAUGUGUAAGAUUAUGAAUUGUGUAAAUAUGCAUGUGCAACAUUUAUUGUUUUUUUUGCCUGGCUUUUACCACUUGCUAAGGAUGUUGUCAGCUAAUUUGGUUCCUAUAUGGGGAUUCAAUAGAUGGAUUGAUGUCAGAAGUGUACAUAUAUGUACAGAAUGCUGAGCAGCUACAUGAAGGUAAAAGUUGAUUUUGGGAAUUUUUUAACAAUACGUUGUUACGUUUACAUUAUAGAAAUAGUGGUUUCAUUUUGUAUAUCUUGCCAUUGAUGUGCCAAAUUGUAAGCCCUGUAUAAUAGGGCGUGCAAUUUGCCAUUGAACUUGGAGACUUGGCAUAUCCCGUUAUUUCUGAGACGCCUUACGUCACUUGUUCACGUGUUAUUUCAUAGUUUGUGUGAGACGUACAUGUUUUUUUUUGUGUGUGUGUGUAUUUUUAUGCUUACACUUAGACUUAGCCUGGGUGCCAUCCUAUUUGUAUGCCGGGGCUCCCAUACUCGCUUCCUUAAAAUAUUUUUUCGCGAGGGAGUACGGGAGCCCCAGCAUACAAAUAGGAUGGCACCCAUACUAUAUAAACAAAGACUAGCUAUUUCUGAUCCAUUCUUUUUGAUCGGUGGCAUGUUGUUUCAUGUUUGCGGCACUGAAUUCUGGACAGGUGUUUUAUAUCCGGUAAAGCACGCUGUGGAUAAACAUUCCCAUGUCGAUCGUUAUACAUAUGUCGAGUUCACAUAAGUGUACACGACAUGUCAAAGCUAUUGAUUAACAAAGUGUUUAUUUGAAGAAAUGAAUUCCGAGAUCUAGAAGUGUGAAGCACGUGUUUGGUUUCUACUUAGGCCACAGCAAGUAAUUUUUAUGGAUGACAUCAGUGCGCGCAUUAAUUUUCGCCUGAUUUUGGAAAAAAAAAAAACAGAUUUUGUUCCCUUCUGACAGUGAUCAACAUACCGAAAAUGGGCAAAGAUGUUGUUACAAUGCCGGAAGGUGGAUGGCAGAUAACUAUGAAGAGAGGAGACAAGAAAGGCUCUGAUUUAAUGUUUUGUUUUUCACUUUGAUGCAGUGAUAUGUGAUGCUGUCUGUGUAUAUAUGAUGUUCCCACUGAAUC